GCGUGCCACUUGACCGGGUUCAUCCGCUGUGCUGCAUUCUGCCCUAACGAACCAAUAGGAUGCUUGUUGACCAGCCGACGAAUCAGGUCGAUCUGCUCGAGUGCCAGUUGGACCGAGUCGAGGUGCUGAGAGGAACAUGGCACGUAAGCUGACCAAAACUGUAACAAGAACAACAGAGAAUCUCGGCGGCGAUCAAACCUAGCUGGAUUGGAAGCCAUCGUUGAUCGACCAGACAAUGGCGUUAGUCUCGCGAAGACGUCACGUAAUUGCGGGUCUAUUGUUAUCGCCGAUGAACCAUGUCCACCGACUGGGGCAAUGCCGAAUUAACGUGACUCCGGAGGUAGUGCACGCAGCCAGUACCCGGAAACAAUCGGCGAUAUACAGACUAAAAAGUAUGGCGAAACAACUACGCUCAGCGAGAGUUAACACUUUACCGACCGCUAACGGUUCAACAGCAUACGCGCGUCCGACCAGCAGCUCAGACGCAGAUUCUUCCUGGCGCCGGCUCUGUUUCGGUUUAGACUCUCCAAUACCAUUCUUUUCGUUCAUCGCGAACGCGAGCACAUUCAGGUUCACCGGAUCGACAGAGGGGCUUCAGUGGCACAGAAAGUUGGCCUGCUCUGGGGGCAAAAGGCGACCAGGUGGCGACCUCCGUAUCUAAGCGGCAAGGCAUUCGACCUUUCGCCCCCAACGACGCCAGCGAACCGCGAAAUGAAAAUUUUAUCGGCGCAUCGAACCAGCAGACGAAAUCUCCCGAUAUUACUUAAUAACGAGCCACGAUGGAUGAGAACGCCGGACGUUUGCAGCUGCGCGGAGAAAUGAAAAGGCCGCCGUGAAUUAAGUCCCGAUCGUCGUUUCUCUAUCCUUCCGUGUGCUUCGAUUCAGAAACGUUCGCAACUAUAUAGAAUUUUUCUGAUUCGCAUUUCAACCAUAUGGUUGAUUCUUAAGCAAUUUUUUAUUCAGCUUCUAUAAAACUAAUAUUAACGAAAUAUUGCAAUUUACAAAUUAUAAAUUACUUAUUGAUUUUCUCAUAGAAUUGAAAUAAAUUCGAUAAUAGAAGAAACGAAAUGUAUGCAAAUGACAAACCAUCCGAUUAUAUCGUUAGGUUGUCGGAAAAGUGUCUUUCUUUUACAGACACGUGUUUUACAACGAUGCAUCUUUAU